AUGAAGGGGGCAAAAUCUCUGAUAUGUACUAAUAAGAAGUGUGACAAAACUGAAGUCACAGGCGUUCCAGAGUACAUCGCCAAAGUAUCAGUAUAUGACAAUAGUGAACAGGCUGUGUUUGUCAUACUUGGGGAGGCUGGCCGUGACCUAACUGGCAAACAUGCAUCAGCGUUGGUUGCAAAUUAUUUUGAGACUAAUGAGAGUGAGGGAGUUGAUGGUGUUGUGCCGGUGCCACAAGCGCUAUUGGAAACAAUAGGUCAGACACGAAGGUUUAUAGUGAAGGUUUCAGAUCAUAACCUAACUGGAAAGAUUCAAUCCAUCACUGUGACUAAGGUGCUUCCACCAGAACAGCCACAACACCCUAUUGAAGAUGCUGCAAAUGAGAUGAUUGAAGAUAGUUGUGGUGGUGAAGCGUUAGAGGAGGUCAAGCGUGGCUAA